CCCGCCUUACAGACUCAGAGGAGGCAAGUCCUGUCCAACCCAGCCUGGGGGAGUUCUCAGUCCUUGACGUCACAAGUGAUUCUGUCCGCCUCUAUUGGACCGUCCCAACUGGGAGCUUUGACUCCUUCCUGGUCCAGUACAAGGAUGCAGAUGGCCAACCCCAAGCGUUGCCCGUGGAGGGACCCUCCCGUGAAGUGACUGUGACCAACCUGGUUCCUUCCCGCAGAUAUAAGUUCAACCUCUAUGGACUCUCGGGGCGCAAACGGUCCAGCCCCCUCUCCACUGAUGCCACCACAGCCCACCGUACAGACUCAGAAGAAGUAAUUCCUGUCCAACCCAGCCUGGGGGAGCUCUCAGUCCUUGACGUCACAAGCGAUUCUGUCCGUCUCUAUUGGACCGUCCCCACCGGGAGCUUUGACUCCUUCCUGGUCCAGUACAAGGAUGCAGAUGGCCAACCCCAAGCGUUGCCUGUGGAGGGAGACUCCCGCGAAGUCACUGUGACCAACCUGGGGCGCAAACGGUCCAGCCCCCUCUCCACAGAUGCCACCACAGCCCGCCUUACAGACUCAGAAGAGGCAACUCCUGUCCAACCCAGCCUGGGGGAGUUCUCAGUCCUUGACGUCACAAGCGAUUCUGUCCGUCUCUAUUGGACCGUCCCCACCGGGAGCUUUGAAUCCUUCCUGGUCCAGUAUAAGGAUGCCGAUGGCCAACCUCAAGCGUUGCCUGUGGAGGGAGACUCCCGCGAAGUCACUGUGACCAACCUGGUUCCUUCCCGCAGAUAUAAGUUCAAACUCUAUGGACUCUCUGGGCGCAAACGGUCCAGCCCUCUCUCCACUGAUGCCACCACAGCUCCCCUUACAGACCCAGAGGAGGCAAUUUCUGUCCAACCCAGCCUGGGGGAGCUCUCAGUCCUUGACGUCACAAGUGACUCUGUCCGUCUCUACUGGACCGUCCCCACCGGGAGCUUUGACUCCUUCCUGGUCCAGUACAAGGAUGCCGAUGGCCAACCCCAAGCGUUGCCUGUGGAGGGACCCUCCCAUGAAGUGACUGUGACGAACCUGGCUCCUUCCCGCAGAUACAAGUUCAACCUCUAUGGAGUCUCUGGGCGCAAACGGUCCAGCCCCCUCUCCACAGAUGCCACCACAGCCAGCCUUACAGACUCAGAGGAGGCAACUCCUGUCCAACCCAGCCUGGGGGAGCUCUCAGUCCUUGAUGUCACACGCGAUUCAGUCCGUCUCUACUGGACCGUCCCCACCGGCAGCUUUGACUCCUUCCUGGUCCAGUACAAGGAUGCAGAUGGCCAACCCCAAGCAUUGCCUGUGGAGGGAGGCUCCCGUGAAGUGACUGUGACCAGCCUGGCUCCUUCCCACAGAUACAAGUUCAACCUGUAUGGCGUUUCUGGGCGCAAACGCUCCAGACCCCUCGCCACAGAUGCCACCACAGCCCCCCUUACAGAAACAGCUGAGCCAAUUCCUGUCCAACCCAGCCUGGGGGAGCUCUCAGUCCUUGACGUCACAAGUGAUUCUGUCCGUCUCUACUGGACCGUCCCCACCGGCAGCUUUGACUCCUUCCUGGUCCAGUACAAGGAUGCAGAUGGCCAACCCCAAGAGUUGCCCGUGGAGGGAGGCUCCAAUGAAAUUACUGUGACCAACCUGGCUCCUUCCCGCAGAUACAAGUUCCACCUCUAUGGUGUCUCCGGGCGCAAACGGUCCAGCCCCCUCUCCACUGAUGCCACCACAG